AUGAAAAUCAUAUUAUUUGUGAUUGGGAUUAUGUGUAGGAGAAUAAAGCUAGAGCCUAGGGGAAACUUUACAUUUAGGGAUAAGGUUGCGUCUGGCGUGCCAUAUAGCCUAAGCUUCCAGACAUCACGAGGCGAAAAAGGCUCACAGAAGUCGUUGAUAACCAUGCUUGAUCCGAUGGGAAAACAGAUGGUGACAAGUAAGGAUCCAUACUCUGUAUACCACUUCAGGAUGAAGCAUGCGGGUGAAGUCACUGUGUCUGUCAAAAACAACAGUUCGAAAGAGAUGCCAUUUGUAUACAGGCGCAUCGAGCAUACCAAUCAGAAGCAAGAUAGCUCUGGGCCAAUAAACAAUGAAUUGGUUUCUGAGCUGCAGAAUGUGUUGGAGGCGAUUAUCCAAACACAACGAGCUCAUAUCAAAAAGCAUGAAGAGCAUGGAACGAUGGUGAUUAAGUCAAGAAGACGCAUCACACUGCUGUUGGUAUUUGAAACUGUAUUUUUCGCAAGUGUACUGCUCUUCCUGCACAAGAGAAUGCUUAAGAUGUUUGAAGGCAAAAGGGGUGUUUAA